UCUGUUAGUUGUGCCUGAGAUACUGACUAUCUAACCGCUGUGUCCACAUAGCCAUGGGUAUCGAGAAGUACAAGGGACGUGUCGCAUUGGUUACUGGCGCCAGUGCGGGCAUCGGCGCCGCUAUCGCGCAGGCCCUGCUGAAAGAAGGACUCACCGUCGUGGGAAUGGCAAGGAGGGUUGAAAAGAUCAAGGAACUUGAAGUGAAGGGCGCUCCCGGUAAACUUCACGCCAUCGCCGGAGAUGUGGGUGACGAAGGUAGCAUCCUGUCUGUCUUCAAGUGGAUCAAGGACAACCUAGGAGGCGUCGACGUCCUGAUUAACAAUGCUGCUUCUUUUCCACACAACCAACCGACCGAUGGCAAGACAGAAGACUGGAAGAGUAUCCUGGACGUGAACGUGCUGGGUCUGAGCAUCUGCACCAGGGAGGCCGUGCAGGAUAUGCUGAGCAGGGGCGUCGAUGACGGCUUCAUCAUCCACAUCAACAGCAUCGCAGGACACAUGCCGCCGUUCUUAGCCGCAGGAGCGAUGUACAGUGCCAGCAAGCAUGCAGUCAAAGUCUUGCUGGAAGGGUUGAGGAAGGACCUCACGGCCAGGGGUAGCAAGAUACGAGUAGGGCAAAUUUCCCCUGGUAUGGUGGAUACCGAAGGACUGAGGAGAUCGUUGCCGAAGUUCGACUUUCCCAAAGAGGUAAAAGAGUCGCCUGCCUUGCAUCCAGAGGACAUCGCUGACGCUGUUGUUUACAUGCUGUCGCGACAUCCGCGCGUACAGGUCUAUGAAAUGCUGGUCAUCCCGACUGCAAGUCCACUAUAAAACGAACUCGCCUUCUCAUCACCUCCUGCAUAAUACGUACAUCAACCAGAAGAUAUGGUAAAACUGACGUGAUAAUUGUGUGGAAUUUGCUUCGCGAAACAAAAUGAGAAAGUGGGAGCAAAAUAUUGCUAGUAAAUAAAACAUGCCUAAGACAGUUCUCGCCUUGCACUUUGCACGUAAUGAGACAUUUGUAAUAGAAGGGUCUCAUGAAGAGAUAUCGAUUAGUUGUUCUUUCGAGUUGUAUCAAGCUCUCAAAUAAAGACGGCAUGUUGAAACCU